UACGUAGUAAAACAAACCGCGCAAUGAGCUCAGCCGUUUGCACUACGUGACCUUUCUUGAGGCGCUUUAUGUAACGCUCGGCUACCGUUUGUAAUCGUUCUACGCGAAAGCAAACCACUGUCGACCAUUGUACCAUCGACGGCGCGUGCACUCCCCUGUUAUCCGAGCUCUUCGUUAUCUGCCUCUGUGGGUCCGAAAUGUGCGCCGGCGUGUUGUAAGCCGUGUUGUGCCGUUUGGGGUUAGAAAAGUUAUAAAACAUUCCCACCGUAGCUGGUCAGCUUCCAGAGCUCACCUGUGACAAGAUGAGGUUCGUUGGCUGGAUCGUGCUUACCGCGGUGGUGCUGGUGAUCUGCGUCGGGGUGCGAUGGGGCGAUGCCCUACCCGCUCGCGAUGGCUAUCCGCGCGAACCGUGCUGCAAGGACUGUCCCGCCUGUCGGCAUCAUUUCGACGUGGAGGCGCCGAAGGAUCCGGGCUGCCGGAAGCUGCACAGCUUCCACUACGAUGUGGAAAAGUUUACCGACUGCCAUAAGGAAUCGUACGAUCGGUUGGAUGCGGCUGUGGAGGAUUUGCCCGAGCGGGGCUGCCGGAAAUCGUACCAUUAUCACUACGACGUCCAGAAGCCGUGCUGUUGCGAGGAGGAAAACUACGACACUUACGAUUUCGAGGUGCUGGAGCCGAAAAGGAAACCAAAGUGCUCCAAAGUGAAGCUGGAAGCGUACGCGGAUCAUCCUGUGCGGGAGUGUCAGUGCGACUGCCGGAAUAGACGGUACGUGGUAAACGGGAUGAACGGUAGCCGAACGCUGCCGGACGACGAUAGUGAUCGUAAUCGCAUACCGAGAAUGCGCCGUAGUAUUAUGGAUCCUUUUCCAACGGAUCAUCGCACAAACGCACCAUGCGAAACUGGCGCACCGAUGCACUUUUUCUACUCCACCCCACAGCACGGGCCGGGGAGGGCAAACUUGCGCGCCAGAAGGCUUGCUUUGCGCCGGGACCUUCCGCAUCGAUUCAGAGCAAAGCGCAAGGAGUUCGAUAUGAACGGUGGGAGUGGGUUUUGGUGUCGCUGUAUGCCCUUGGAGCGGGAUCGGGAUGGUUAUGUGCAGAGCGGUAAACCGGACGAGCUGGUUGGUGCGCCGGCAAGGUCAUCGGCCGCCCUCCGGAGUGGCCCCGUUGAGCCUGCCGUGUACAUUGGCGACGCCUCGAACCCGGUGACGUACGAGCAGAUCAAGAAGCAUCUCGAUGCCCUGCCGAGGGAAGACUACGGCCCCACGACGAACGAUGUGAUCGGCAAUUUGACCGUACUGUUCUAUGACAUUUAUCAGCAAAAGCAUAAGAAGAAUUUUACCCUCCCGUUGAAGUACGGUACGCGUACCGUAAUCGACCAGGGAGAUGGCUUACAUACGUACGACAUUGAGCCGAUCGAGGGGGAGUACAAGCCGCCCAAGUUGAAUCGCAUUGCGACCAAGGGUUUGCGCCUGAUCGGCAGGAAAAUUGACCGCAAAACGGAUCCAUCCGCUGCGCAGCGAAGCAAUCGUUUGCGUAACCGGCCACGAGAGGGCGCUUGAGGGUUGUUUUGAAUUGCAGGCUUUAACGUAUUUUAAGAUAGUUUUAUUGUACAUGCAGUGUAAAAUCGAUUUAAUUUAAUUUUACUCCAUUACUCUCUUCUCGAACACAUCAUUAGCUGACCUGGACGAUCGUGACCGGACGAUCAUUUCUUCGACUGCGCCACUAUAUACCUGGCUAACCUGGUGAACGUUGUAAAGGGACAGGACAAAUAUGUUGAGGUGACUUGUUUCCAGACGUGACGCGUACCAACAUAGACUUGAAGCAUUUCCACUUGAGAAUUACUCAGACGAUCGGACGAGGAGAACAAACUUAUUAAGUGUAAAAAAAUAUAAAUAAAAAAAGACCAAAACUGAAUUAAUGCUGAAUGUUUUAUGAAGUGUUUUAGGCCACGGAAAAACAAGUACCAAAUGUUCUAUAAUUUGGUUGGAUAGUCUGGGUUUGGUUGGAAAGCUGAACGGGAUCGAUUCUCAUUUGGGGACCAUCCAAUCAGUUAUAUUAUUUUACAAAAUAACCAACAAAUUGUAGAGCAUAUUGCACACCAUACUCUUUGAAAGAAUAUUCUAUUUAGCAAAUUUAUGCUUUUAUGCUUUCAGUACAUAAUUUAAUGAAAAUAGUUGAGGAAUGGAUUGUUCAUGCUUUCGAUUUAUAAAUUGCCAAAUUUCCAUUAGAAUAGAACGAGAAAAUUUACACUAAAAUUUCGACGCCUCCUUCGCUCGAUCACUUAACGAACCUUUACGACAAGAAUCAUCAAGUACAGUAUCGGACAGAAAGAUAGGGCAUUGGUUUUUUAACGCACCGUGCACCCGUUGGGCCAAGUUUAUGUGUGGUUUGUAUGUGUUUGUGUUUGUGUGUGUGUGUGUAUGUGUGUGUGUAUGUGUGUGUGUGUGUGUGUGUGUGUGUAUGUGUGUGUGUGUGUAUGUGUGUGUGCAUAUGUGUGUGUGUGGAUGUAUGUUUGAAUGUGUAUUGAUGUGUGUGUUUGUUUCACAAGUAGGUCGUUUCGGAUAGAUUUGUAAGUAGUUUUUUGUGUUUUGGGUUAGGUUUUUGGUGUGAUAAGCAGGACCACCGCCCUCGCGAUCAGUGUGUUUUCGAUAUAUUAACAAUGUUACGGUCUUCUUUCGCCAUGGACUUCUGAGGACGUCCGGUUGACUUGCGCGUUUCGGUUGUCCAAGCGCGUUUCAGUUGUCUAAGCACGUUUCGGUUGUCCGAAGCGCGUUUGCGACAAAAGUGCGCGAUCGUUCCAUUACGAACUCGAUCCUUUUGCGCUUAAUGCCAGCAGCAGCCAUUCGCUUUUACAUAUGGCGCUUAUGAUCGGUACAACGUUUACCUCGACCCAUUGUUACUAACAUUGCUUGCUUGGACCGUCAAGAACGCGCUGGUUAAAAACUUGGACACGGCUGAUCCUGUGCUCUGCCUGCGUUCUACUUCUAUACGCGAUGAAUUACAUCGUUUUGGAGCAGCGAAAACAUCGCAUGGAUAAAACUAUCAACGAGUACGCGAGUAAGCGUCUUCCCUUCAAAAUCGAGAAAAGAAUACUGCCGCGCUCAUGAAACAAAACGCCCAUUGAAAAGAAUAACUGCGCGCCUGCUCAAUGCACGCACAAAGUUUACCAUUCGCACACAACGUGCAACGCAGAGAUGCACGAAGGCCUUUCAAUGGCGUGCACUGGAGAAACACCUGUGAGGGAAUGCCGAGUUCAUUGCUAUUGUGCGCGUGUCCAUUUCGCACCGGUGUCGCAUUCACAUUCAUGAAACAGCACACCUGCGUUUUCGUCCGAGGAACAAGCGCUGCUGUCGAUGCAAACUUUAGUUUUUAUCCAAGUGUAAACGCACAAUGUUUCACAUGAUAACACACAUAAUAAGAAUACUUUCAACGCAAUAUGACAUCAUGACAAGCUAUGUUUUUCAGACACAAACCCGCGCACUUGCAAAUACACAUUAAAAAGCACACUCUCUUUCUACUACUACACACACACACACAUGCACACACACACACACACACACACACACACACACACACACACACACACACACACACACACACACACACACACACACACACACACACACACACACACACACACACACACACACACACACACACACACACACACACACACACACACACACACAUACACACACAUACA